GCGCUAAGAAGGAAGAUACCUUAUUUAUUAAUACCUUUUCUUAUUCUUCUGUGUGGUUCUUUUUUCUACGACAAUACACGUUAUAUAAACUUUGUAUUUUCUUCGUUAUGAGAAAAGAAAAUUAAAAAAUAAGACAAGAUUUAGUGAAUUAAUCAAAAAUAAAAUAAAAAAGAAUACAAAAUGAAUACCUUCAAGAGAUAUCAAAGCAAAGUAUUUUGGGAACAAAUGUCAUCGCAGGAUUUAAAGAAAAAUUCGACGAUUCGUAGAAAAGAUCCCGUUGAGGUACUUCAAUUUCCUCCUCCUCCUCCUAUUGAUACAGAUUAUCCUUCAGAAAACGAAGAAGAAAAAGAAGAAAAUCAAUCCUCCAGUUUACGCGAAAGUCAUUUCACUAAUGUUGAUAAUGUAACUGUCAUACACGUUUGUUCGGUAGUUAGUGAAUCGCAACAAGAUAAGACCUUCAAUGAUGUAUCGAUCUGUAAAGAAAAUUCAACAAUAAUUCAAGGAAAAAAAAUGGAUAUUAAUAAUGGUACACAAGAAAACGAAGGAAACACCAUAGUUUCAGAGAUCAGAUCCCUCAGUCCUCUCAGUCAGGAUUUGAAGAGUUUAGAUUCUGGUUUCUCCGAUUCCGAACGAUCUAAUUGCUCGCAGACUAUAGAAGACGAAAGUCCUCAGAGACGUAGACGACGACGUAAAAAAGCUAAAGAAAGAAAUCAUAGAAUUCGACAUAAAAUUAGUCCGCUAUGGCUCGGAAAGGAUUUAAUACCACGACCGACUUGUACUUCGACUCCAAAAGAUUCCAAAAUACGACAUUUUCAACGAGACGAAAGAACGAAGAUCAUGGUGAGUGGUUUGCCUAGUCUUUCAUCUAGCUCGUUAGAAGAUGAAUCAUUAAAUUCUACGAAAGUAACAAAAAUACUUCCAACAAAUUUCUCGUACGAUAUAUUCGUCAAUAUUUGUAAGAACAUUGAUGGCGAGAUUGCACCGCCAGUAAAGACUUGGUUAAAUGACCUGACAACAGAAACGUCGAACGAAUGUUAUAUCGCUCUUCAAAGUAAGAGUUUACCACGACGAAAGCACAAUGAACUGAUAUCCGAGGAGGAUCAAAUGAAAGAUUUGAAGAUAUUAUCUUCUUUGGCAACGGCUGCUGCAAGCAAACUUCUCGUGAGAGCUGAACAAUUUUCACGUCAUUAUCAGCAUAUUUUAAAGGAGAUAUCGCAUUCGAAAAAUGGUAGAUCACAAAUGGAGCUUUUACGUGCCAUCGAAGAUAACGCUUUUCUAGUCUUAUCGAAAUUAGGAGCACCGCCACCUCGAAGAAUUCAACAAACGAAUUUAAAGGGGAUUGUCAUGCAAUUAGAAAGCAUGAAAGAUUAUGUAGAUAGUGCCAUUAAUACUCGUUUAGAUUUUUAUAUUGAGAAAAUAGUAAGAUGUUUGGAAGAAGCACCGAAGGAAGACAGUAGCGUGGCUAGAGGGGCUUUAGCAGCUCUCACUGCUUUAGGUUUAGCUGGAGCUCGAGCGGGCAGUAGUAUCGCGAGAUGCUCAGGAAUUAGGGCUCUCUUAACUUAUCUUAUUUCUGCCAUUAGGAAAUCAAAUGAUUACGUAGCUACGUCUCUACGCGCUCUCUCGAGCGUGUGCUGUUCGAGAACAGCAAUUGAGCACUUCGUUAAAGAUGACGGGCCGGAAAUCGUGAUUGACCUCUUGUCCAGUCAAACGUCCUCGGAAAUCAAUAAAAUGGAAGCUACAGCUUUAAUAGUACAAAUAACUGCACCAUGGACCAAUGCUGUAGGCUUACCACAUGUUGAACCAUUUGCGGAUACAUUAAUUAUUGCUUUAGGAAAUCUUAUUGAAAAUGUUAGUUCGGAACAAACGUUAUUGUUGACAGCUGCUGCGCUAAAUCAAAUAUCUAAAUCCAGAAAAUGCGCUGAUAUUAUAAUAAAACGAGAUACAGUUAAGAAACUAUUGAAAAGCGUAAAAAAAUCAAAUGGAGGAAACGUUUGGUUGAUGCAGCAAGUGGCUGCUCUUAUUAAUGAAUUAGCACGUUUACCAGAAGCUCGUGAAUAUUUGGCUAAAGUACGAGCAUCUGUUGCAUUAGUUUGUUUCCUUAGAAUGAGACCUCCAGGUUUGGACGUUGCAUAUCAAACUUUAGAGACCACAGCUGCAGCUGCUUUGAUAAGACUUUGCGUAGAUCCAGAAAUAGCGAGACAAGUAGUUGCAGUUGGUGGUGCCGAUUGUCUUCCCACGUAUGACGUUAACUUUCUUCUCACCGAGGAUGAGGAACAAAUAGAAGCUGGACUUCUAAAGUAUACAAAAUCUUUAAGACGAGCAUGCAAAAAAGCUGUGAAACAAAUAGAUGUAGCGAGAGCGCACGAUUAUUUUAAUUAAUUGAAUUAAUUGAAUUAAUUGAAGCUGUUCACAGGCCAAUUCGAUUGACUCCGCUUUUAAGAUCUUUUUAAAUUUUAAUACCAAAGCACUUAAUUGAUGCUUAACUUUGUAAAACCAUUUAACAACAAAAUGGGGUUGUCUAUUGAAUAAUAAAUUAUGCGAUAGUAUUUUUAACUUUA